CAUGGGGGCCGGCGCCAUGCGGGUGAGGGCGGCGCACACGGCCGGCAGCGGGGCCGCGGCGCUGGCGCUGCUGCUGCACCGCACAGAUCUGCGGAAGCGAGUGGAGCGCGGGGAGCUGCUGCAGCCGCUGAGCUUCGCCUCGCUGGUCCUGUGCUCUGUCCUGCUGUACUUGAAGGUGUCUCUCAUGGAUCCGGGCUUUGUUACGCCUGAGGAGGAAGUGGAGAGUGAGGAACAAAGCAUGGUGAUCCCUCCAGUUCCCAGCCCGGUGAAGAUGCGGCGCUGCGGUUACUGCAUGGUGCAGCAACCGAUGCGAGCCAAGCACUGCCAGCUGUGCCAGCGCUGCGUCCGGCGCUACGACCAUCACUGCCCCUGGAUUGAGAACUGUGUUGGAGAGAAGAAUCAUCCCCUUUUCAUAGUCUACUUGAGUGUGCAGCUUGUUGUUCUGCUGUGGGGAGGUCACGUUGCUUGGUCAGGCCUCUACUUUGAACAGUCCUGGGACUGGCUGCAGCACAACAUCUUCCUCCUCAUAUCCUUCCUCCUGAUCAUCAUAUUCACCAUUGUUGUCCUGCUGCUGCUUGUGUCCCACCUCUACCUGAUCUCCUGCAACACUACCACCUGGGAGUUCAUGUCACAUCAUCGCAUCUCCUACCUGCGACACUCUGACACAGAGAAUCCCUUUGACCAAGGGAUAAUCCUCAAUCUCUGGAGAUUCUUCUGUUCAUGCCACCUCACUGCAUGGGAGAAAAUCUACUUUCACAGGAGCAAUGAGCCUGUCUAGUCACAGGAGCACCUACCUGGUAGAGUGUCAAGACAGCUGCAGGUUGCUGGGUAAAGCUUUGCUAAUGCAAUUGCUGCCAUUUCCUUGCAUGGAACUUUAGUACAAUCAUGGACCAUGCAGCCUGUUCCACCUGCAAAUGACAUUUGAAGGAUAGUCAGGGUUAAAGUGAGACACUGGUUCUGGAAGGCCAGCAGAGCAGAGCUCUGGCCUGAGCAAAGGUACCUCUCUAAAUUUAACUGUAUCCACAUCUCCAGCAGUGAUGCCAAAGCAGUGUAAGCAUCCACGUUCACUUGUCUUCCCCGGAGUUUCCCCUCUUCUUUUGCUGCUAUAAACAGCAGCUAUUACAGACAAAACUAGACAGAAUCAAUAUAAUCCCUGGGGCUUUUCUUCAACAUAGUUCUCACUGUGAGAACAGCAGUGCCUUUUGUCAGUGGGGCACAUCAUAGAAAUACAUCUGAGUGAAUAUCUGGACAAUCAAAAGCAAAUUUCAUUUUGACCACAUGCCUCGAUGUAUUUUUCACAAAGAUUUGAGGUUUAAUAGUGUUAAAGUGCAUGAGAACCAUUGGGGAGGCACCAAAUUCAGCUUAUGAGGUAAUUGGCCUGUAUGUUGUGAUGCCCUGACAACUUCCUAACAGGUUUUUUCUUAAAGUUGAUGGUGCUGUUAAUGAUUCACAGACUAUUUUGAAUCGAGUCAGCAAGGAAUGACACCAGCCACUUUGCACAGAAAAGCAAUACUUGCUACUGAAUUAUUCCUGCAGAUAACUUCAUGCUCAGGCCUUUAUUGUAGCUGGUGGGGAGAGAACCAGGAGCAGAGGUCAGUACUUCUUGCCCAGCUCAAGUAACACUGUUGGUAAUGUUACUACCUCAACAUAUCAGUAAAAUGUUAGUAAAAGAACACAAAGUUGCAAUGCAAGAGGAAAGAUUCCAAGUCCUGUUUGUUUGUUUGGAUGAAGGGUGCUGACAGCUUCCUAAGAUGCAGCCAGCUUACUUGUUUGCCAUUGUAAUGAAAGUUCAUAUUUCAUGUUUCUACAAGGAACUAAAGAGAGCUUUGGGAUGACCAAUUUCAGCUUUAAAACCAGAAAAGACUGUGGUGUGGAUUGUAGUCCUGACCCUUUUCUGUUUAAAAAACAAUGACAGCACCACAACAAAACCUUAGUUAAAAUUAUUUUGUGCCUUAAUUACUUUGGCUCAGGAAUUAACACCAGCUCAAGAGGAUAUUUAGCAAGCUGGUAGGAUGCACUCGGGGUUUAAAGUUGAUGAGCACUCAUGAAAGGGACAGCUCAGUCAUUGCCACAGCACAACAGCCCAAAAGCACUUAAAGAGCAGUAGAAGGAUCCUUUUUUGGCCAACUCCAGAGUCUGUAACCCAUGUCCAGUCUGGUUUGCUCAGGGCAGAAGCUCCUAUCAGGAGAGGUAAUGGAACACUAAGAAGAAUUUCCACAACAGUGGUGCAUCACCCAGAAGGGAUUCUGCACUUUGGUUGUGUCAGUGUGGUGCCUGCUGAAGUAUGGCUCAUCUGCCACAGGGUCAUUUCUGGUUCUUCAGGUAUCAGUCAAGAAGAAUCUGUCAGCAGGUACUACACCUGAAAACACACCUUUGCUCUGCUUGGUAAUUCCUUUUAAAAUGCACUAAUUUCUAACAUGGUCAUUUACAGUCUGUUUACUGUAACUAUAAAUUAUA